AUGUUUCCCUCUUGUCCUCAGGACACAAUAUUGUGGAUGUCCUUUGUCGCUGUGGCCUUUUAUGGUACAGCAUCGCUGAGUCAGAGGAUUUGGAAGCGCUACCAGGAAUCACCCACGGUCAUUUCGAUGGACAGGAAUAUGUUCUUCUGGAACACCACAUUUCCGGCCGUCACCGUUUGUCCGCAUCGACAAUUGGACGACAGCAAAAUUGCGCAUUAUCUGCAGGAGAACGAGGACAAGUAUCCCGAUGAUGAGGCCAAGGAGGAGUUCAGGGACUUCGUGCAGAAGCUCUCCAGGGCGACAUUUGAGAAUUUUGACGAAUUGUCGGUGAACAGGACAUUUGGCAUUGCCAGCAGUGACUUCAUGGAGCUGAUCUGGAACCUCAGUUGGCCCUUCAAUCCUGACAUCAACAGCGGUUUGGUGGGCAAAUUGACACUCGUGGAAACAAUCACCGAACUCGGCAUUUGCUACUCAAUCAAUUCGCGCGUCGCGGCCUACAAUUCCUUUCAGUACCGGAAGGCAAAUGGUUGGCAUCUCAUCGCGUCCGGCGCUACAGUCACGGUUCAUCCGCUUGAUGGUGAAAUUUAUGCACAAAUAAUCAACUUGUCAACGGCAUACGAGGUUUACUUUCACGCCGCCGUGGACAUUCCGGACAUUUCCAAGCGGCGCUACUCCUUCGACGACUCCGGCUACGCCACAGUGGAACUGACCGCCCUGGAGAUCCGCACCACGCAGGAUGCCAGGGAUCUGUCGGUGUCGCAGCGUCGCUGUCGCUUCCCGGACGAGGCGGACGGCCUGCAAUUCAGCGCCGUGUACAGCCUGAAUCUCUGCCGGAUGGAGUGUCGCAUCCGGAUGGCGCUGGAAGUGUGCCAAUGCGUGCCACAUUUCUAUCCCAGUCGCAGCAAGAGCGGCAAGCGACAUCCUGUGUGCGACUUGGCGGGCAUGAAGUGCCUGGCGGCCAUUAAGGAUGAAAUCAUUUCGCUGCACUCGAACACAAUGAAAAUCAAAUGCAAAUGCGAAGAGAAUUGCGAUAAUUCCAAUUUUUUCGUGCAAUCCUAUAAAUCCCGGGUGUGGUUUUUGGGUGCCAAUCUCCAGUGGGGCAUCAGUGAUUAUCCCAAAAUGCAGCUCAUCCGCGACGUCCUGUUUCGCUUCACGGAUUUACUGGUGUACAUCGGUGGCACCGCCGGCCUAUUCCUGGGCUGUAGUCUGCUCAGCUUCACGGAGUUCCUCUACUUCUUCACGUGGCGCCUCAGGAAGUUCGUCAGCGUGCACAAUUGGCGGGAUUUCAAGCUUUGA